CGCUCCGUGCGUAGUCAUGGAAGCACCUGCCUUCCCAAGAACUGGAGUCCAGACGACCCGGGCAGCCCCCGGGAGCGAGGCCUGCAUUGCUUUACCCCUACCUAUAGGAACACCACCCUUCACAUACGAAUGGAGUCGUGCGGGAGCGACAUUGGAUGGCCGCUUCAGGACUUCAGUGGAUGCCGGUGGAGUGCGACUCACGGUCUCUUCCGCCCAAAUUGACGAUAGUGGCGUCUAUACCCUACAAGCAAGCAAUGCUGCCGGAAAGGACACGACUCGAGUCUCAUUGGAGGUCUCUUCGGAUGAGACACCUACAGGGGACGACCCUCCCACUUUCCUACGGCGACUUCAGGACCUCACUGUAAAGGUCGGGACCAGAACUAGGUUCCUUGUGGAAAUCUUAAGCUCCACUGAGUGCAGGGUGACAUGGUAUCGUAAUGAGCGUCGACUUCUGGAGGCGGAGAGGAUUGCUCUGGUACGCGACGGCAACUUCUGGUGCGCAGAUGUUGCGACAGUCAGCGUAGACGAUGCUGGAAGGUGGACCUGUACUGCUGAAAACCUAGGAGGAAGAGCCAGCUGCUCUGCACAUCUCAAUGUAUUAGUACCCAAGGCGUACAAACGUCCGGAGUUUGUAGAAGAACUACGCGCCAUACUCACAGAACAGGGAACAGUGUCGCUGGAGUGUAAGGUUAUUGGAGUCCCCACUCCUGUACUGAGGUGGUUUAAGGACAGUAGAGAAAUAAAAGCCGGUGACGUGUUUGCACUAACAGCCAAUGCUGAUGACCCUACCUCCCUUGGCACUUACACCUGCGAGGCAAUCAAUUGUAUGGGGAGGGCCUAUUCCUCAUCGAAGGUACAUGUCAUUGGACGCACCAAGGAAGGAUCAGAUAAGCCAAGUUUUGGCGGCCUCACACCGGAUCCUCCGCCAAUAUUCACCAAGGAGCUUGAAGAUCAGUUUGUAAGAAUUUGCGAUCAUCUUUCACUGGGAUGUCAGAUAGUGGUGCCACCCUGGCCUCGUAGCGUUGUUUGGUACAAUAAAGAAGGAAAAAUUGAUUCUAGUACAAAAUACCACAUAAUUGAGGAUGGCGUUGGGGGGUAUAUGAUAGAAGUUUCGGCUUCUGAGUGGGCUGACGAAGGAGAAUGGAAAUGCGUAGCAACCAGCGCUGGUGGCAGGGUUGGUAUUUCAACCUGCAGUGUCACAAUGGAUGUGCCUAAGAAUUAUAGAAAGCCACGCUUUAUGGAGAACCUACAGGCUAUCCUUACUGAAGAGGGUCUAGUCUCUUUCGAAUGUAAAGUUGUCGGCUUCCCUACCCCAAUACUCAGCUGGUUUAAAGAUGGUCAAGAGCUGAAACCUGGAGAUGUUUAUCAACUCACGGGAACAAAUUCGCUCGGCUCAUAUUGCUGUAUCGCACGAAACUGCAUGGGCCAAGCUAGCAGUUCAGCAGAGCUCACCGUUGAAGAUAUCCAGAACCAACUGAACGAAGAGGAAAAGCUACAGUUGUUCUCCAAAAACCAAGCACCUAAGUUUUUGCAAGGACUUAAGAGUGUCGAAGUAAAAAUUGAUGAGCCAUUCCGCUUUACUAUCAAAGUUGUCAUUCCGCCUGAACCUACAGUAUUAUGGUAUCGAGAUGAUCAACCUAUGGAUGAGUCUCCUCGAUGUCACCUCGGAAAGGAAGACCGAGGUGUAUUUUUUUUAGAUAUAAAAAAUUUAGAACUUAUGGACCAAACUGAGUGGAAAUGUGUAGCGAUGAAUGACUAUGGUCACAGUGUGACGUCGUGUUUCUUAAAAUUAAUUAUUCCGCGACAUUAUAAAAAACCAAGAUUUUUGGAAAACCUUCAAGCCAUUCUUUCAGAUGAAGGUGCUGUUAAUCUGGAAUGUAAAGUAAUUGGCGUACCACAACCUGUAUUGAAAUGGUAUAAAGAUGGAGAAGAAUUAAAACCAGGUGAUAUUCAUAGAAUAAUAUCAGGUCAAGAUGGAACGUGUUGCCUUGGAACUUAUACAUGUGAGGCGCAAAAUUGCAUGGGCAUUGCUGCCAGUUCAGCUUCUCUCCUAGGCUUUGAAGAUACAGUAAAAGCUAAAAAAAAGAGAGCUGAUGACCAAAUAUUACAGCGCAAUUUGUCAUUAAGCACAAUCCAUGAAGAGAGAACUUCACAAAUGUAUGACACACCUGUGGCUGAUGUAACUUUAGAUGAAAAAGGAGAAAUAUCAUUUUCUUUUGAUGGAAAAGAAGUUUCAGUAUCACUUUAUGAAACACCUGAUUUAACAGAAGAAGAAGCACUGCAAAUAGUAGAAAUGUACGCUGAUCAGUUAUCGGAAAAUGUCACAGAACAUAAUGUUAUAGAACUGCCUCCUUUAAGAUUUGUUAAAGAAACAUCUACAUCUGGUAAUCUUCUGAUGGAAGCUAUUAUUAUAGAUGUUUCACCAGACUAUUUUGUACCGCCUGAAGAAGAUUUAAGAACUGAGGCCGAUAUUGAAGAUAUUUCAAUAGCAGAAGAAAAUGGACAACAGCAAUUAUCUUUUGAUCAAGAAGAUGCAGAAGAAUAUAUUGAUAAAACAAUGGCUUUACUGUCUGAUGAAAAAUCUGACAUAGUCUUAAAACCAGUUCGGCGAAAAUCUGAUUCACAGAAAAGUGGCGAAGAUUACUUUAGCUUAUCAAGAGAUCAGUCGAUCUCUGAAGAAAAAAAAGACGAUGACACGCAAAUCUUAUCUGAAAGUAUUUCUUUUGCCAGCGCACAUAGCACCGGGAAACAAAAGUCAAAACCGUCUCAAGAAGAUGACGUAGGCACCCAGGAAUCGUCAGAUAUUACCAAAACGGUCUUCUUAAGAGAAGAGCUUCGGACUAGUUUAGAUAUAGAAAAUAAAAGUAGUAAACUAGUAGGUAGCGCUAAACGCAAUUCCUUAAAAUCAAUAACUAGUUUUAAACAAGAGGAAGUUGACUUCACUAACUUAAAUGAGAAUAUGAUUUUUAUUAGCUUAUCUUUAUCUAAAAUUCUGAAUAAUGUUGAAAUGUUGGAAAAAGAUAUUAUUUUACAGUCUCAGUUGAUGCCUACUGCUGCAAUAGCUUCAAAAAGCCUAGAAAUUAUUAACAGUAUUAUUAGUCCUUUAACUGAAAUACAUAGCAUUACUGACGCUUUUAAAGAAUCAAUGAAUGAAACAUCAGAUGCUAAACCUAUAUUACUUACUAAGCUUCCACAGUACUUGAAAGAUCUUCAAAACUCUUUGGCAAUGGUUGAAAAAUGUGUUGAUGUGGGAAGUGAUAAAACUCUUAUUAAUAACACUUGCAUUUCUAUACUAAAUAAUUGUGAAGAAGAUAUUACUAAAUUCGUAGAAAAAAUUAGAGAAAUUCCAGAAAAGUAUCCAUCCCUGAUUGAUGAAACGGCUUCAACAGAGAUAAAACUGUUAUCCAACGAUAUUCUUAAUAUAAUUAACAUUGCCAAAUCUACGGUUACUACUAAAUCUAAACUUAAUCAAGAAACUCAUAAACAAGAAAUAUCAAUUGAUAAGCAACAUUUGAAUAAUACCCAAAAAGCAAUAUAUCACUUAAAGGUUCCGCUUAAUUCUCUCUGGGACAUUAUUGAAAAUGCUUUGAAAAAAAGUCUGUUAAGCUACAAUGAAACUAAUAAUGCUGAGGCAAUUCUAUUUAAUAUGUCAUCAUCUAUACAAGACUUACAGACAGCGUUAGAGCAGAUCGAGUUUCUAUCAGUUGAGGAAUCAAAUUCGUCUUUGCCGAAAUAUAAUACUACAACAAUAGAAACCGUUAUAAGUUCGGUUUUAAAAUUGAGAAACUCCUUUGAGAGCCUUUCUUUUGAAAAAGAAAAAAAAUAUGACAAAGAACAACUGGGAAGUGUGUUACAAGUUAUAAAAGUUGACUUGGAGGAUAUUUCUUUUCGUAUUAACGAUAUAGAAAAGACUAUUGGUUCAUUUGAUGUUUUAUAUGGAGACAAUAAAUUAGAAAUCCUACAAAGAAUGGCACACGUAUUAAUAGCUUUAGAAAAUUCUUUGCCAGUCUUAAACUCAUUGCCAAAUUUUCAAACAACUUUAUCAGCAUUUCAUAAAAAUCUAACUAAAGCAUUAGAAAAUGCUAUAGAAAGUAAUGAAAGCGCUAAAUACUCUGCACUUUUGCAUAUAUGUGACGUAGUAAGUAGAAUAAACGUCUCAAUCAAUGGUUUUGAAUCAAGCAAGUUUAUAUCUUUAACAAGCAUACUAAACAACUUUAACAUUAUUGAGGAAAAUCUUAAAAGUCUUAGUAUUGAUCAAGGUAUACGUGAAGAUAUAUUAAAAAACGUUUACAAAUGCUAUGUUGAUAUUCAAAAUGUUAUAACAACUUAUGCGGAGGAUAUGAGUAUAAAAAUGGAUUCAGAACCAGUUGAAGAUAUAUCAACGGAUCAAUUUUACACUGAAUCAAAAGCCAACUUAGUAGGUCAACAUAUCGAUCAAGUAAUAGCUGCAAUUAACAAUAUUUCUGUAGAAGAGGUGACUCCAAGCCUCUGUUGUAUUUUACCAAUUUUGCAAAAUACUUGUCCGGUUUUAGAAGAACUUAAAUGUAGUAUAGCAUCUCUAGAAGAAAACAUACAAGAAAACUCUCAUGUAUCUGACAUUAUAUCACAAAGUUUAUUAACACAAUCUAUUGAAACCCCGUUGCAAUCAAUUCAAGAAAAUAUUACAGUUCUAAAUCAAGUACUUCUCGAUACAGUAGGAGAGACAAAUUCUAAAGACGAUGCAAUAGGUGUAUUUGCAAAACCUCUUUAUGAAUUGUAUACGACUUUACAAACAUUACAAGAAAAUGUUCUUUCAGAAUAUGAAAGUUUCUCACUUAGUGAAAAUAGUGUCAAAAUUGCAACCUCGACGGAAGUUCUUCGAAAUUGCAUUUUGAUAGUAGAAGAAAAAUGUUUUAUUGAAGGAUUGGAUGAAAUGUCUACUUUACAAGACAUAUCGUGUUUAAAAACAACAGCAGAUCCUGUUUCUGGAAGCAAUUUAAUAUUACCUGUCAUUCAAGAAACACAUUUGGAAGCUCCUAUUUUUUAUUCUUUAAAAAGUCGACCAGAAAUUGCCCAUGAAUUUCAACUACUACAUGAUGACAUACUAGAGAUACAAAAAUUAGAUAUUCUUGAGGCGUUAAACGCUUUGUCUGAAGUUAAAGAAUACGAUAAUUUAAAAUCAGUUACGGAAACAAUAGAAGAAAUACAGCUUAAAAUUGUUAGCAUCCUAUGCCCAUUAGUAAUGGAAUCGUUGAGUUCUGUCUCUAAUUUAGAUUUAGCUAGCAAUAAUUUAACAAACAUUUCCGAAUCUUUAUUCAAAUUAAAAAACCAUUUAACUGUUAUUGAUCUUGAUAACAUUCCAAUUUACGAAGACGUUUUAACGAUACCAUCUAAUAAAAUACAUUCUAUAGUUAAAAAUAUAUCCAAUUUAAAAGAGCAUUUAGACAAAUGUAUUUUGUCAGUACAACGCCAUACAAACUUUGAAUCAGAGGAAAUUAAAGACUUAUAUUAUGUGUGUAAUGAUUUUCUGUCCUGCUCGAAAACAACUGUACAGAAAUAUCCUUCGCAAAAUGAAAAUAUGUAUAACUUAGUAAGCUCUGUAGAGAACUUUUUACAAGUUAUCAGAACCACUCCAGAUUUGAAAGCUGAAGAAGUCAAAAGCGUUUUCAACGACCUUUAUAAAAGUAUAAUGAAUAUGGAAGAUUCUUUAUUUGAGUAUGUAAGUCCUACGGAAAUUACUGUUACAAAAGAAAAUCCGCUGGAGACAAAAAUUCAUAAAAUGGCAAAUAAUAUAGCGGUUUUGGAGCACUACAAUGCUGAUCUGUCUAGUGCAUUAAACACGGACUUUCCUCAGUCUGCGUCUCUGACAUCUAUAGAAACUGAGUACCUUAAUGAUAUGGAAAGUGUGCUUGUAAGUAAUGCCAUAAUUAUGCAGAAUUUAACAAAUCCAAGCCAAAUAUCAGAGUCUCAGAAGAAAUAUAUACUUUUGAUUCAAAAUUUCAUGGAAAAGUUGAAAAACAGUUUUUCUAUAAUACGUGUGCUAUUAACGCAACGACCAAGUCAUAAAAGAGUAAUACGACUUUUUCAAGAAUAUUUUACCCUCCAAAUAAAUAUUUAUAAAUUUAAAAACGAAAAGUCAACAUACCCACAUCCAGAAGAUUUCACGUAUUUAGAAGACUUUUUUAAUCAAGCUGAAGGUAGCUUAGAAAAUAUUAAACUAUCCUUAAUAAAACUUUGUAGUUCCAUUUCAAAAACAUUAUUCAGAGAACCAUUAACCAAAAUUAAUGAUUCUAUUGCUUACUUUCCAAAUUACUUGCGAUUGGACAGUAUAAUGGAUUUACAUGAUUUGAUUCAGAACUUUCUUAUAAUUGUUAAUAUAGCAUCACCACAUUUAGAAAGUUUGGAACAAAAUGUUGUUCAAGAACUGGAAACAUGCAUAUUUAUAAAUUCUGAUGCAGAAAAUAAAUUGAUAACAGACAGUUUAGACAAUUUUUUGUCGCUUCUUGAUCGUGAAAUGUGUGAUAAUCCAGAUAAUGAAAAGGAAAAACUUUUAAAAGAAAUGAUAAAAUGUUUUAGAAACCAUCAAGAUUAUAAAAAUGCAGUAGGUACAGGAAAAAGAAUGAUUAUCCUCAAGUUCUUAGCUGAUUGUUCGGACAUAUUACGAAACCAUUUCCGAACAUUUGAUACAGAAAUAAAACUACUUGAGUCAACAAACCAUUUUCCAUUACAAUAUUCAAUUACCAAAUUUAUACAACAACUUAAGUCAUUAAAUUUGCAAAUAAAUGAAAUUCAAGAAAAUGUAUGUAUGUAUCCAAAAGAGGUAGUGCCUGAUUUAAUGAUAAAAAAUAUUGUAUCUUUAAAACAAUUUUGUGAAAAACAUCUGAAUGUGUUCAGUCAAUCUUCUUUAUGUGAAGAUGACUUUUGUCUCAUUAAUGAUAUUAUUAAUGAAAUUCACUUAAUUCAAGAUAAUAUAAAUAGUUUACAAAACGACCUUAAAAUUUUCGAAGAUUUAAAAGACAUGGAAGACUUCUUCAAAAAAAUGUUGUCUUCUGAUGAAGUAACCAAAGAUCACAAAUUAUCGAAGGUUUGUUUUUCAGCUGAAACAAAAAGUAUUUUACAACAUGUUGAACAGUAUAUAGAAGUAACUGAAAUAAUAGAAGAAAUAUCAGCGAUAAUCAAUCUAGGUAACGUCAAGAAAACGAAAGAAAUUGCACAAGAAUUACGUGAAAGCCUUGCAGCUGAUAAUGCACAGUCUAUGGAUGCAGCUGAAGAACUGAAAUACUGCACUGUUUCGGAAAAUCAAGAGAACUUGGCUCAACGUCUACAAAUAUCAUUGUCAAAUAUUCGAGAAAGUGAACUAUCUUGCGACACACAUGUAAGAAAACACAUACUCGAUGUCAUUACUAAGUUACAAGACGACUUAAAUACUAUCGCUACCACAGAAACAUUAGCUGGCUGUGCAAGCAUAAAUAAAAUAUCGCAAGAUCCAGGGAUUGAAAUAUAUGAGAAAUCUAAUAUAGGUUUACUCUCAAUUAGUAUUGAUCAAGAAUGCACUGCUCAAGACCUGUCUAUUAAAAAGCACAAUGAGAAAACAAACGCUAUUCCAGUCAUACAUCAAAUUGAAGAAACUAUAUCGAGUAUCAGUGGUAUUAUUUUAGAAGAAAUUUCAAUUGACGUUAAAAACAUUUACCCAGCCUUGGAAAAUAUUUGCCCUAUAUUAGAAGAACUUAAGCUAAAUGUUGCAACGUUGCAGGAAAACAUAGAAAGAACUGAAUCACCUAUAUCUGAUAUUUCAGAUAGUCCAGUUCAAGAAGCCUUUAGUAAACCUUUGCGUGAUUUAGAAGAAAACAUUAUUGUUUUGAAUCACUUAAUACUCGAGUCCUUAAAAGGCACUACAGAAAACGAAAAUCUACGUAUGUUAGGAGUUCUUGCAAAACCACUUCAUGAAUUACAUAUUACAUAUCAAAUUUUGCAAGAAAAUGUCAUAUCACAGUACGAGAGUUUGUCAUGUUUACAACCAAACAUUAACUUUGCAGCAACAGAGCAAAUCCUACAUAGCUGUGUUUUGUUAGUACAAGAACCAUAUGAAGUAGAAAUUGCUGACGAAAUGUCUACUUUAGAAGAUAUAUCUUGUAUAAAAACUAACGCUGAUUCAAUAUCUUCAGAUGUACUAGCUGUUGCUCAAGAUAUGCAAGUUACAUCAGAAGAAUAUUACACAAGCCAUAAGCAAAAUGAAUCUGAAUUUGAUAAAUUACCCACUCAACAAGAACAGACACAAACUAUAAUUAAAGAAAAUAUUUCUGUUUCUAUUGAACAACCACUUAAACUGGAACACGCAAUUUCGCAAGAAACAAUAGUUUCUAUUGACGAAGAUAAUAAUGCUUUAAAAAAAAAUCAAGUAUCAAGAGAAGAAUUAAUAAGAAAUGGUAAGGAACUUGAAAGAGUGGAUGUGCGAGAAAUACAAGUUAACCUGGAAAAAUGCAUUGAAUCCACUAAAACCAAUAUUUCUUCAUCAUAUGAUGACCAACUCAAAUCUAAACAAGCUAUUGAACAAGACACAAUUGAUGAAAAUAUUAAAAAAACGGAGACAAAUUUGAUAGAAAUAAUUGAAGAAUGUGUUGAACCUGAAAACGACAGUGAUCAGAAAAUCCAAGUUCCAACCCAAGAGUGCCUUGAGACUACGGAGGAAAAUAUAUCUGUACUGAUUGAUCAAUAUUUUGUACUUGAACAAACUGCUGCACAAGACAAACAAGCUACACUGGAAAAAUGCAUCGACUCUAGUAAAACCAAAAUUUCCUCAUCAGAUGACGAUCAACUCAAAACUGAACGGGCUAUUGAUGAAGAUAUUAAAAAGACGGAGACGAAAUUGACAGAAAUAAUUAAAGAAUGUGUUGAACCUAAUAAUGACAGUGAUCAGAAUAUCCAAGCUCCAACGCAAGAGUGCCUUGAGACAAUGGAGGAAAAUAUAUUUGUACUGAUUGAUCAACCUUUUGUACUUGAACAAACUGCUGCACAAGACCCACAAGCUACACUGGAAAAAUGCAUCGACACUAUUAAAACCAACAUUUUCUCAUCAGACGAUGAUCAACUCAAAUCUGAACGGGCUAUUGAACCAGACACAAUUGAUAAAGGUAUAAAAACGACGGAGACAAAUUUGACAGAAGUAAUUAAAGAAUGUGUUGAACCUAAAAACGACAGUGAUCAGAAAAUCCAAGUUCCAACGCAAGAGUGCCUUGAAACAACGGAGGAAAAUAUAUCUGUACUGAUUGAUCAACCUUUUGUACUUGAACAAACUGCUGCACAAGACCCACAAGCUACACUGGAAAAAUGCAUCGACACUAGUAAAACCAACAUUUCCUCAUCAGAUGACGAUCAACUCAAAACUGAACGGGCUAUUGAUGAAGAUAUUAAAAAGACGGAGACGAAAUUGACAGAAAUAAUUAAAGAAUGUGUUGAACCUAAUAACGACAGUGAUCAGAAUAUCCAAGCUCCAACGCAAGAGUGCCUUGAGACAAUGGAGGAAAAUAUAUCUGUACUGAUUGAUCAACCUUUUGUACUUGAACAAACUGCUGCACAAAACCCACAAGAUACACUGGAAAAAUGCAUCGACACUAUUAAAACCAACAUUUUCUCAUCAGACGAUGAUCAACUCAAAUCUGAACGGGCUAUUGAACCAGACACAAUUGAUAAAGGUAUAAAAACGACGAAGACAAAUUUGACAGAAGUAAUUAAAGAAUGUGUUGAACCUAAAAACGACAGUGAUCAGAAAAUCCAAGUUCCAACGCAAGAGUGCCUUGAAACAACGGAGGAAAAUAUAUCUGUACUGAUUGAUCAACCUUUUGUACUUGAACAAACUGCUGCACAAGACCCACAAGCUACACUGGAAAAAUGCAUCGACUCUAGUAAAACCAACAUUUCCUCAUCAGAUGACGAUCAACUCAAAACUGAACGGGCUAUUGAUGAAGAUAUUAAAAAGACGGAGACGAAAUUGACAGAAAUAAUUAAAGAAUGUGUUGAACCUAAUAACGACAGUGAUCAGAAUAUCCAAGCUCCAACGCAAGAGUGCCUUGAGACAAUGGAGGAAAAUAUAUCUGUACUGAUUGAUCAACCUUUUGUACUUGAACAAACUGCUGCACAAGACCCACAAGCUACACUGGAAAAAUGCAUCGACACUAUUAAAACCAACAUUUUCUUAUCAGACGAUGAUCAACUCAAAUCUGAACGGGCUAUUGAACCAGACACAAUUGAUAAAGAUAUUAAAACGACGGAGACAAAUUUGAUAGAAAUAAUUGAAGAAUGUGUUGAACCUGAAAACGAUAGUGAUCAGAAAAUCCAAGUUCCAAUGCAAGAGUGCCUUGAGACAACGGAAGAAAGUAUAUCUGUACUAAUUGAUCAACCUUUUGAUCUUAAACAAGCUGCUACACAAGAAACACAAGCUACACUGGAAAAGUGCAUCGACGCUAUUAAAACCAACAUUAUUUCAUCAGACGAUGAUCAACUCAAAUCUGAACGGGCUAUUGAACCAGACACAAUUGAUAAAGAUAUUAAAACGACGGAGACAAAUUUGACAGAAAUAAUUAAAGAAUGUGUUGAACCUAAUAACGACAGUGAUCAGAAAAUCCAAGCUCCAACGCAAGAGUGCCUUGAGACAACGGAGGAAAGUAUAUCUGUACUGAUUGAUCAACCUUUUGUACUUGAACAAGCUGCUACACAUGACACACAAGCUACUCUGGAAAAAUGUAUCGACACUAUUAAAACCAACAUUUCCUCAUCAGACGAUGAUCAACUCAAAUCUGAACGGGCUAUUGAACCAGACACAAUUGAUAAGGAUAUUAAAACGACGGAGACAAAUUUGACAGAAAUAAUUAAAGAAUGUGUUGAACCUAAUAACGACAGUGAUCAGAAAAUCCAAGCUUCAACGCAAGAGUGCCUUGAGACAACGGAGGAAAGUAUAUCUGUACUGAUUGAUCAACCUUUUGUACUUGAACAAGCUGCUACACAUGACACACAAGCUACUCUGGAAAAAUGUAUCGACACUAUUAAAACCAACAUUUCCUCAUCAGACGAUGAUCAACUCAAAUCUGAACGGGCUAUUGAACCAGACACAAUUGAUAAGGAUAUUAAAACGACGGAGACAAAUUUGACAGAAAUAAUUAAAGAAUGUGUUGAACCUAAUAACGACAGUGAUCAGAAAAUCCAAGCUCCAACGCAAGAGUGCCUUGAGACAACGGAGGAAAAUAUAUCUGUACUGAUUGAUCAACCUUUUGUACUUGAACAAGCUGCUACACAAGGCUCACAAGCUACACUGGAAAAAUGCAUCGACAUUAUUAAAACCAAGAUUUUCUCAUCAGACGAUGAUCAAUUCAAAUCUAAAAGGGCUAUUGAACCAGACACAAUUGAUGAAGAUAUUAAAAAAACGGAGACAAAUUUGACAGAAAUAAUUGAAGAAUGUGUUAAACCUAAAAAAGAAGCGGCUGAGGUGAUUGAAAUUCCAAUAAACGAGAAUAUUGAACUAGGUAAUGCCCAUGAAAUACAAACAACAUUAGAGCAAACUGUAGAAACUACUGAGGAAAAUAUUUCUAGCCCCAUUACACCUGAAGUGGUUCAGGAAAGACGCAUUACAGUCGAAGAAAAUUUAGAACAAGACGAUAAACUGAUUUUGGAACUCACUGAUGAACCUUAUGUAGCUGAAAACCCCAUUCCUCAAAAAUCAGAUGCGCCUGAUGACUGUAAAGAUCGAAUUACAAAUGUAGAGUAUAUGAACCAAAAAUUUACAGAUAUGAAUUAUAAUUUAAAACAUAAUAAUAUUAUACAAACAAUGGAGGCUUUGUUAAAUGAGUUACAUAAAAUUCUAAUGUCUAGUAAUGCUACUAAUGUUGAAAAGACAGAUUAUUUACAAAAUAUGUUGGAUGAGUUUCAAGUCCAAAUAAUAAAACUGAAAAGCAUGAAUAUAGAAGAUGCAAGCGACAUUCUCAAUGAAACAAUAGACGAUUUAGAAUGCAGCGUGAGAAGUGUUCAACUUCUGAUUAACGAAAGUAGUCCUACCGAUCAUGUUAUAGAAGCAAGUGCUACAAUAGAAUUAUUAGUUAAUAGUAUAAAGGAAGAUUUAAGCAAAAUGCAUUUUCAGGCUACUAUGCUGGGAAAACCUAAUAUAUUGAAAGAGUGCGUAGGUGAUACCGAAACAACCUUAUUAUUGUUAGAUGCAGUUUCAGAGAAAAUCACAAACCAUGAAAAUAUUUUAAAAAUAAUUAAUGAUCUUAACACUAUAAAAGAUUCAAUGAAAACUAUAAAACUAAGCUUUUCUAUAGAUGAAGAAACUGUAAUAGAAAAUGGGAUUGAAAUUCUGCAAAGCUUAGAUAUUAUUGAACACCAGUUAUUUACUAUAGAAGACGUUAUAGAGAAGAUGCCAACAGUGGACUUACUUACUCGUGACACAAUUAUAACUGCAGUACAUUCUGUUUACACUAAUAUUUCUAAUAUCAGAGGGACUAUAUCAAACAUUAAAAAGUCUUAUAUUUAUCAAAAUUAUGGUAAACCGUCUGAAAACUUACUUAAAGCAAUUAAAAAUAUAAAUUACGUUCAAAGUAUCGAUAACAAUCAUAAUUGGAUAUCAGUAACCAAACAUUUUCGAAAUAUAUUAAAUCAUUUUGAAGAAAUCAAAUUUUAUAUUAAUCUUGAUAAAACUGCCAGACAACCAAGUGAUGCAUCACUCACAAAAGUAGUACUAAACGAAUUGAAAUUGCUUCUAUCCAAUGAUGUGCUAAAUAAUACAAAAGAGUUUCAGUCACUUGUAGGAAAUAGUGUUGAUACGGUUAUAAAAUAUAUUGAAGAAUGUAUACAUAAAAUAGAUAGCGCCCCCGUUUUAGAAGUACGAGAAAAGAUUCCAAUUUUCAAAGAGUUGACAGGAAGGUUAAUAGACUUGUCAAAUGAAAUACUGGAAGUAUAUAAACAUGUAAAUACUUUAAGCGUUGUAAAAGAACACGCCAAUGUAAAAGAACCUCAAACUAAUGAGAUUUCUUCUUCAGAAUCACAAUAUGGAUCAGAUAAAACAAUUAUUUUAGAAUCUCCUAACCUUGACUGUAUGGAGGUAACCGUUGUACAGCCAAUAAGCGCACUAAACAAUCUUGUUUCUCAUAUAAUAACUGAAUCUUCUUUCUCUAAAGACGAUACUCCUGCUUAUAUAGAAAUGCCAACUGUUAAAUAUAAUAAUAUAGAAAAGCAAUUAAUGAAAGAUGGUGUUCAACCGAUAAUUGAACAGUUGAUUGAAGAAGCCAUUAAUAAAGUAAUAUUAUUAAGCAUACAAAAUGGCAAUAUCCAAGAAUUUGGAAAUAAAGACGAUCUUCAAAUGUUACAAGCGCCACAUGACCAUACUUCAAAAAUACUUCUAGAUGCAAUGACAAUUGAACUAAAAAGUAAAACACCUACAUUUGAAUCAACGAUAGACAUCGAUAAAAAACAAAAUGUGGCUAAGAAUUCUCAAAUUGAUCAGCAAAUUAAAAAUAUAUUAAGCUGUGAGGAAGAAAAUAUAAUGUUACACCUAAAUAUUAGAUCUCAGACAGAAAUUGACAGGUUAGCCCAAGACCUUAGUGAUAAAAAAGCAAAGGAAUCAGAUGAUAACCUAGGAGACGAUGAACAGACAUCAUCAUUAAAAGAUCUAUCAAAAAAAGAUUUUUGCAUAAAUAAUAAGCUUGGAAAUGAUAUAUCUGAAGAAGAUACUAAAAGAGACUCUAGAAGUCAAAAUAUUAAAUUAAAAUGCCUAGAUGAAAAUAAACAGGAAAUAACAUCUUCGCAUAUGUUUAAUGUAUCUUUAGAAAGAAACGAAGAUUUAAAGAAAGAUGAAGAUAAUCAAACUAACAAACAACAUGAAGCUUUAAAAGAAACCUUUGAUGAAAAUUGUAAAAAUAUACAAGAAAAGUCAUUAAUUUUAAAAAGAAGUGAAAACAAAGAAAUGAAUACCUUAGAUACUCAAAUACAGGAGAGUUUAAUAAAAACCAGUACAACAAAAAAAAUGGAUAGUGAAAUAAAAAGCGUUACAGAUGAAGAUUCAAGUCUGCCAGAUGUACUUGAUGAAAAACUCGAAGUCGUAGAAAACGUGAAGUCAGAAAUGGAAUGUAAGGAGAAUCAAAACGACACUGACAUAACUAGAUCUUCAGCUGAAAUAUCUAGACAGGAAUUAGGAAUAUCUAAUAUUGGAAUUGAAAAAGUUCUCAAUUUGGAUGUAACUACUGAAGAAAACACUAAAAUCUUAGAUAACCAAUCUUUACAAGAUAAGGAUAUAUUACAACCUCAACUAUACAAAGAUGAUAAUCAAAAUGAAAUUGAAGAUAACUCCAAUGCUUUCUCUCACCUUGACUUUGAUGAGAAUUCAGUUAUUGAAGAAGGAAGACGGAAAAUUCCAACAAACGAAACUCUUAAUGAAGGUAAUACAAAUGAACAACAAAAAGAUAUAAAAACGCGGCCAUUUAAGUUAAAUCUUCAACAGCAGCAACUUAUGACAGUGGAAAAUUUUAAUCUAAAUUACGAUAAAGGUGAAAUUACGAGUAAUGUUGAAUUAGAAAUUUUACAAUCUACUGCAAGUGAGCAAAAUAUAACUGACAUACAAAAUGAUUUACUUGUUAUACAAGAUCAGAAUACAUCGAAUGAACAUGUACAAUCAAUAGAUAUAGAAGUUGACAACUCAACUUUAAUUUCUAGAGAUAAGCAAGAAAGUAUUUUGGAAAUUAAUAUAAUAUCACAAAAUGAUAAACACAACCUGCUAAGUCCUGAAGAAAUUAAUAUCUGUCCAAGUAUUCAAGAAUCCUACGUGAAAGAAAUUAUUUUUGAAACACCAGAAUUGAAAGAAAAAGUAUCAAGUUUAGUACCAGAACAAAAUCAACAGAACAAAGGCUCUAGAAAACAUGAUGAAGAUACUGCUCAGCACGCUACCUAUAAUGAACUAACAGAUGCCAACACUACAGCAACUAAAAAUACAAGCUUAUCUGCUAAAUCUGGUACGACUAUAGAGAAGAAUAGCCAAGAAACCUUGGCGGCAUCAUCCGAUACAAAAGAAUGCAACUUAGAUAGAGAAAUAGAAAGUAAUGUCAAUAAAGAAGAAUCCAUUUACCAAUUUUCACAAGCACGAGAAACAAUUGAACCAUCUUCACUAAGAGCAAAUACUCAAAGUGAUACACGAGACGAAAUUGGUACGGUCAAAAAGAAAAAAAGAACGCAAUCUAAAUUAAAAACUAAUGGAUUGUCACAAAAACUUACAACUAAAGAAGAUAAUAUUGAAAAAGACAAGAGUAACGACAUAGAAGUGUAUGAACGAGCUAAAAUAAUUAUUGAUGAUGAUGCUCGCCAAAAAAAACAAGAUGAUUCAGAUACCCUAUAUGGGGUGGCGGUAUCAAGAUCUCUAUCAACUUUGAACGUGGAAAUACUAGACAACAAAAAUGUAAAAACUGAAAUGAAUCAACCACAAAGUAUUGAUAUAAAUACUGAGAAUCAAACGACUAUGUCAAAAGAUGUAAAAACGACACCAUAUACAGUAAAGGAAAAACCUCAAUUUAUUGAUCCAAACUUUGUAGAUGCAAGUAUGGGAUUCUUGCGGCCACCUACAUACAUUUCAAAACCGUUUGAGGCAGAAAAUUUCUUAACACCAGAAUUAAAUACUUAUACGUCUACAUCAAACGUAUUUUACAAGGCACAGAGCCUUAUCCGGGAUCACCAAAGUAAAUCAAUGUAUACAGGAGAAAAACAAUUGGAAACACAACUAAGCACUAAGGCUACUAGUGAAUCUAGAAGUAUUUAUUCUGAAAAGAGAGCGAGUUCUAUACGCGAUCUCAAAAGAAAACCAGUUUUUACUACUCAUUUAACAAACAGGACUGCAGUAGAAGGUUCUAGAGUAAAACUUACUUGCAGUGUUUUAUCUUCAACAGAACCUGUACUUAAAUGGUAUAAAAACGGUGUAUUGUUGGAAGACAAACAUAAAUACAAAAUCAAAUUUAUUGACGGCUUAAUAACAAUGGAAUUAUUAAACGCAUUACCAAGCGACUCUGGUGAUUACAGUUGUACUGUAGACAAUGAGCACGGUUCUAUAACAACUUCGGCAAAAUUAAAAGUUUAUCCCAGCUUUGAAGCUUCACCAAUACCGCCAACCUUUACGAGGUCAAUACGAGAUGUUUAUCACAGAGCUGAAAAUGAACUUAUCUUGGAAUGCCGAAUACGAGGGCAGCCCUUACCCAUAAUUUCUUGGUUUAAGGACAAUAAGCCUAUCGCUACUGACGACCGCUAUGAAGCCUCUUAUUUAGCUGAUGGUCUCUGCAGGCUCACUAUAAAUUCACCAAGCACAGAGGAUAGUGGAACCUAUACUUGCAAAGCCGAAAGUGCGGUUUGGUCAGAUCAAAUUACACAUGUAGUCAGUUUUGCAGAAUCUACUCGACUUGAUUCACAUAUCUCGAGCGUAGAAAGAUUACGUCUUAGCCACGACACUCGGCGACCACAUUUCACUAAUGUUUUAAGUGACUACAAAGUAAUAAAGGGUGGUACUAUAGGGUUACAAGUGGAAAUCGGUGGGGCACCGACAAGAGUAGAGUGGUUACGGGAAGGGUCUCCUGUGACAGAAUUAGACAAGAAUGCGCAGACAUUCGUAGAUCAUGGUAUAUAUACCCUGGCUUUGAAUGAUGUGUCGGAAAGGCAUUCCGGAUUAUACACAUGCAGAGCGUGGAGUAUGCACGGAAAUGUGGACAUGAAUGCUGAGAUAAGUGUGGUUCAACCGAACGAGGUUGAUGGUAGACCAGCAGUAAUUGUAAGUCGACCCACGAAGGAUGUUCUGAUAUCUGUAGGGGAAGACAUAAACAUAUCGUUUAGAGUUCAAGGGGAACCAAGACCAAAAGUUUUUUUCCUGAAAGGAAUCCGCGAUAUAACUAACAGCCAGCGUGUUUGCAAGAUGACAUCAGAUGAUUACGUGAAAUUCACAAUGAAAAGAUCUGUAAUAUCAGACGCAGGUACCUACUGUAUCCUGGCAAGAAAUGUCUACGGCUGUGAUAGAGCUUUUGUAACUGUUGCGGUACGACAACGUGCGUCAUCAGAUAAUCUCAUAUCUGACUGGACGUAUCCUGCGGAAGACCCGAUCAUUGCCACAGAAAGAAAAUAUAAAUCCGUGCCCGGACGUAUACCGGGCGAGCCAAGUGCAGUGGAUGGUGGAAACAACUGGGUCGCCCUUGGCUGGCCAAAGUCAGACCCUCAAGAAGCAGCUCCAGUCCUUGCGUACCGAGUAGACUCCUGGCUACUUGGAAAAGAGGGUGGUGCACGCUGGAUAGAAAUGGGAAUAACACCUCGAAAUACCUUUGAUGCAUUUAACUUAAAACAAGGAGAAGAGUACCACUUCAGGGUAACACCAAGAAAUAGAUAUGGGUGGGGAGAACCGGUACAAACAUCGACUCCUAUCGCAGUUGGCAUCGCCGGCGACAGACCGGAGUUCAUUGACAUUCUACCCGGUCUAUUAAAAGUCCUCGUUGGUGAAACGGCGAAUUUAAGUUGCAGCUUCAAAGGCAAGCCGACCCCAGUUAUUGCAUGGAUGAAGAAUGGUAGAGAAAUAGAUGAGUCAGGCAAAGUCAGAAGUAGUCAGAAGGGAAACGUGUGUUCUUUAACGAUAAAAAAUGUGGAAAUAGAAGACGAGGGUCGGUACAGCUGUGAAGCGACAAACGCUCAUGGACGGGCAUCAACUUACGCAAGAAUGACUGUGAUCACUGAUAGACAAAUAUGGGAGGCUGACGCGAAACUGAAGAGAGAAAGGUCUGCAGAUGCAACAGGUGAAUAUCCGCCUCAAUUCACUAUGCGGCUAAGAGAUCGCCGUGUUCAAGCCACGUAUCCUGUAAGACUGACAUUCCAAGUUAUAGGGAGUCCAACACCGAACGUGACUUGGUUUAAGGAUGGUCAAGAAAUCACUUUUGACAGUCGAAAAACAUCAUACAAAGACGAACACUUUCACACACUAGAGAUAGCUCCGACCACGCUUGAUGAUGGUGGAUUAUACGAAGCUUUGGCAAGAAACAAUAGUGGUGCAGUCAGCUGUAGAUGUAGCCUCGUAGUAGAUAAAGGCAUCAGGGCCUACGUUGCACCAGAAUUCUGCUGUGGCCUUGAACCCUUGUAUCGCCUAAAUGAAGGUGACGAGUUACGCAUAUCCGCAAUAGUUGAAGCAUAUCCUUCAGUAGGAGUGACUUGGUACAGAGAUGGAGUUCGUCUAAGACCAAGUAGAAGAGCCAUUAUGACUCUUAACAGGGACGGUCAAAUCGAAUUGGCUCUGGCCUCUGUGACUCCAAGGGACGCUGGUGUCUACACGUGCACGGCUUCAAAUGAGGUUGGACAGGCUUCCACCUCAGGGAAGGUAGAAAUUGUAACGGAUCAAAGAGAAGAAAGGAGAAAUGUACCGACCGUCAUUUGUCCGGAUAUUCCGUAUUCAAAGGAGCCAAUGUUUAUUAUGAAACCAAGGUCCACUGAGGCCCAAGAAGGCGAUACAGUUAUUAUUGAAUGUGAAGUGAUUGGAGAUCCCACACCUGAAGUAUAUUGGCUCAGGGACUUCUUGAAGCCCGACUAUUACCGAGACGCGAAACACUUCAAGCAAAUGGCAGCAGGUCCUCGGUACCGUUUUGAAAUUCCACACGCCAAAUUGGACUUCACCGGAGCUUACUCAGUUGUAGCUCGAAAUGUCCAUGGAGAGGCAAAGGCAAUCAUAUCCUUACAGAUAUUUGCUAAAGGUCUGAGUUCGAGUGAUGAAACACACAACAUUAGAUAUGGACGCGUAGAAGUUAUCCCGCGUUUUGAGAAGGAACUGACUGAUCUUCUCUGUUAUGACAGCGAUGCAAUCGAGUUUGAGUGCCUUGUUAGCGGACACCCGGAGCCGGAUAUCCGGUGGUUUCAUUACAACCAGCUUCUUCCUGAUUGUCCUGAUUUCGAAUCGACAUAUGACCUGGGCACAGCGCGACUGAAGAUAAAGCAAGUUGCCGCUGAGGAUGAAGGCACCUACACAUGCGAAGCCUCCAACAACCUCGGAAAGGCUACAUCCACUGCUUGCUUGGUAGUAUAUCCACCCGGGGAACCGAAUACUAUAAGCCAGCGACUUCAACGCCCACCCGCGCUGGCUUCAGCUGCGUCAACGCCACGAUCUACCCCGCGCGUCACCCCAGCGCGUUCUGUCUCACGAACUCCAGCACGUUCAGGCCCCGAAAGUCAUCGCCUUCGCAGUCCAACCCGCGAGGUUGGUCCCAAGUUCUACACUUAUCCAUUCAACAAGGUGGUGGAAGAAGGAGAUAGCGUGGUUUUGCAAUGUGCGGUUGGAGGAUUCCCCACGCCUUGGGCUACCUGGGACAAGGAUAGCAUUAUUAUCACUCCUACGUCUCGAAUCAGCGUAAAAGAGAAAGACGACAUGUUACGGAUUCUGCAAAUCGAUGAAGUAACCGUCGACGAUGUCGGUCUCUACCGGAUCACGUUGGAGAAUGACUUUGGACGGGUAGAGGCAUCGGCAAGACUGGAAGUAAUCUCGCAUAAGGGAAAAUUUCAUUCAAGAUCCAGCAGUGUUUCUCCAGCCCGACUGUACAGACGGAGGACGCCGUCUUUUACAAGACAAGACUGACGCGGACGGAGUAGAAAGCGAAGAAUGGCGUAAAAUUAGACGCAUUUGAGUUGUUUUACAGUAAAACUAGAAUAUUAUACCCUGUUUUUUUAUCGUAUUGUUUUCAUAAAUCGAGUGUAUUUAAUUCCAAUAUUAGUUAAUAUGAGUUGUUUUAUUAUUAUACGUAUAUAUAUCACUCCCCGGUGUUUGUGAAAUAAACGAUAUUGCAAAUUA